AUGUGCUACCAUCACUACAUCUAUUUAACAACUGUUGCUGCGGCUAUAUUGUUCAGUCUGAAUGGAUUAACAUCGACUAUGGUUGGUAAACGAGAAUUCAUGCAUUCAGGUUUAUUCACAAUUCUUCAGUUGCUGGAUAAAAAGCCAAUUACAGUGAUCCUUCCAUUCGCUCCUUCUUAUUCACAACAAAUAUUUACCAGAUUCCAGUCACUUUGCGAUACAUUCGACGCGGAAAUACUCAACCAGUCAUGCUCUACGUGUCUACACCACUCUCCAAACUUUGAUACUCAAUUCGUGAUUUCCGCUUCCAAGUUGAUGGAUUCGAUGAAUCCAAAACUAUCCCGUUUAUGUUUUAACAGAGCGUUUUCAAAAAUUCAUGCCCUUCUAAAUCAUCCUGAAGGAAUGCAAAUACAUUAUGAAGCAUAUGCUAUGUUCAAUAUUUUAUACAAUGACGCAAUGGAAGGAAGUUCUCGUCGCUUCUGGUUUGAAAUUAUGGAUGGGGAUGGCGAUGGAGUGUUGAACAAAGAAGAUAUUCAGGAACUAGUCAGAGAAUGGAACACAUUCAUUACGAAGAUGAGAUACACUAUAAAGAUGUCUGUAAAGAGAACGUGA